AUGGCAGACGAUCUCACACCAAUUCCAAUCUACGCUGAAACUGAUAUUGAAGAAACUAGCAUGGAAAACAAAAAAGAAAGUACAGAUAUCACUUCAGCCUCAAACCCACCAACAGACACCGUAAAAGCCGAACAACCGCAAGAUCAAGAACUACAGGAUGUAAAAAUGGAGGAGACGUCUGAGCUACCGAGUGAAGUUUCUAGUUGGGCAAAUACUUCAGCUACUGCUGCACCAAAAGAUAUUGACAAAGAAGAGACGAAGUUGGAAGUAGCUGAAGACAGCAACGGCACGUUAGUUAAGAUAGAAAAUAAUGAUAACAACGCAACGCUAACUAAACUAGAAAAUGAUGAAAAAUCAAUAACAACAACAAAUGAUUUACAGAGUCCAGCAUAUACUUAUAGUGACUCGCCGUCUCCGUAUGCUCCGCGUACACCAAUGGAUAUAUAUGAGAAUACUGGGCUCACGGAAUAUCCAGGUCAUCAGUUUGCUGGAUGUUCUUCAAUUGAAGAUUAUAUAAUACUCGAUAAACUUGGAGAAGGCACCUUUGGGGAGGUACACAAGGGACAGCAUAAAAAUACAGGAAAAAUUGUCGCGUUGAAAAGAAUAAUAAUGCACAAUGAGAAAGAAGGAAUCCCAAUCACUGCAAUACGCGAAAUUAAAAUACUACGGCAACUUAAUCAUGCUAACGUGAUAAGUUUGAACGACAUGGCUAUUCAAUAUGCAACGGAUGCCGAGUCGACACCAUCUAUAUACAUGGUCUUUCCAUAUAUGGAUCACGAUUUAGCCGGGUUACUGGAAAAUCCAAAUGUGAAAUUUUCUCAACCGCAGAUAAAAUGUUAUCUGAAACAGCUUUUGGAGGGAACAUUUUAUUUGCAUCAGCAACGUAUAUUACAUCGUGAUUUGAAAGCUGCCAAUCUAUUGAUCAAUAAUCAAGGAAUACUAAAAAUCGCAGAUUUUGGUUUAUCGCGGCCCAUGAUCGAAAAAUCACUGACAGGUUGUGUUGUCACACGAUGGUAUCGGCCACCUGAAUUAUUGCUCGGUGAACGACGGUAUAAUACAGCAAUAGAUAUGUGGGCAGUAGGUUGUGUAUUUGCAGAGAUGUUGCGAGGAGCACCAAUUCUCCCAGGUCGUUCAGAUAUGGAUCAACUAGAUCUUAUAUUCAAGUUAUGUGGAUCGCCGAAUGAAAAGUCGAUGCCUGGGUGGCAGAAACUUCCCGGAUGUAGAGAUCUAAAGCCUGCUAUUGUGUAUGAGCGGAAGGUUGUUAGUGAAUAUCAAAAAUAUGGGACACAGGCCGCUGAUUUGCUCGAUAAGCUACUAGUUCUCAAUCCUGCUAAACGUUUAACAGCUUUUGGUGCACUUGACCAUGACUAUUUCUGGACUGAUCCAAUGCCUUCGGACCCGAAAGAUCUUCCCACAUAUGAAGACUCUCAUGAAUAUGACCGAAGAAAACACAAACAUGAAGAUGGUCGACGAUCAUCAUACGUUGACCAAGAGUCUGAUCAUUCCCGUGUACGUAAAGAUCGAAAUAACCUAAAACGGAAUCGAUCACGAGAUCAAGACCGUAAUACUCGAAGAAAUCAACGUCCGCGGUAUUCACUGCCCGCGAAACCUUCUGCUGCUGGAUAG